GUUUAUCGNAGUGCAAACGGAGAGUGCAUUUGUUGGAUACUUUUUGUUGAGGAAUCAUCCAGCCGAUUGUGUAGAUGAGCAGUUACCAUUGAUUUUCGAGCUGCCAUUGCUGCAGUUGGAUAGGAACCAUCCGGCUUAUGUGCGUGGAACAGGCAAUAGCUACAUCUUGGCUAUAGUGUGCAUGAAGGAUCUCACCGAUAAGGAUUUUCUACUGAAAUUUGCUGAGGAUCUACUGCAUAUUCGCACCAGACGCAUUUUGGCUAUACACAACCGGGAUCUCGCAUCUUCUGUCAAAUCGGAUAUUGUGAAAUUUUUCCAAAACUGCGAGCAACUGAAAUUUCUUAAUGUUGCGCUGAUACAUCGCGAUUUCGCUGCCACACACAUCUAUCAUUCCUUCAACCAAUUUCCGGUGUUCGAAUUGGAAACUCGUGAUAUGCGCUUCGACACACCCAUCUAUCCGAAUCGGUUGGCUAAUGCAGGCGGAAAGGCAUUACGAACCCUGCUGGAUCAAAUUCCACCAUCUUCAAUUACGCGUAAAGACAAGAACGGUGCUGUUCGCAUAGCCGGAUACGUUGCUUUGUUUAUAGCAACAUUCGCUGAAAAGUAUAACUUCACUCUUCAAAUGGCAACUAAUUUUAAUGAGUCUACUAAAGAUAGUGUAAAGAGAGCAAGUAUUCGUCAAGCAUUGCUCGAUGGUACUAUCGAUGUGGGUUCAACUUUAUUGAGCCCGCAAAUGGAAAAGAAUUUACAUAAGUUCAUAUACCCAGUUGAAUUUAUUCAAUGGGUGACUAUGUUGCCGGUGGAACCACCGCACGAAACAUAUCAAUUCUUCAUCAAAGUUUUCCGUCCCACCGUUAUAACCGCACUCUUCGGCAUUAUUUGGUUGCUUUGCUUUUUAUAUGCCCUACAAGAAAAAAUGGAACGCAGGGCUUUACGUUGUGAUCGCUCCCUUUUGUUGUUGGUGAUAGCUCCUUGGAACAUGGACCUGAUGCGCGGUUUAUUCUGCCAACCUCUGACAAUCUUUCGAACCAAAUUCUGGAGUCGGCGCCUAAUUUUCGUACUAGUCAUCGUGUUAGGAGGUUACAUGGCCAAUUUAUUUUCCACAAAUAUGGUGAAAUGGCUAACAGUGCCACCAAAUGAUAGUCCUAUUGAGACAUUUUCACAAGUUAUUGAGCGUGGUCUACAGAUACAAAUUGGAAGUGGAUAUGUUGGUUAUGUAAAAUUCUUUCGUGGUGAGGAAUUUUGGAAAAAAUACAACAAGGCAUUUAAAGUCCGAAAGACUGCCGAAGAAUAUAUGGAAGNGCAUGCUUAUUACUUAUCGCAAUACUAA